CUUACACUGGGGAAUUGAGAUCGACAUCCGACAUUCUUAUUUCUAAGGAGUAUUGGAAAUUGGAAUCUGGUAACAUUCAAUUAAAAUGUCACCACGUCUCAAAAUAACAAAAUACGUGAUAGAGAGAUUGUCUAAGAUAGACACAAACGAAACAACAGGAUGUCUGUAUGGACUUAUGUACGAUGGUACUCUGCUUGUUAUAGGAUUGAGCUUAGAAUUCUUUGAAAAUGAAAAGAAAACAUACAGCCAGCUUCUAUUGUCACUCCCAGCAGAAGUAGAGCUAUGUGGGGUUGUUAAAUUUAAUGAUUCAACAGGUUUCGACAGUAAGCUUAAAGAGAUACUUCAGAAUGUAGACAUAACAGAUAAUCCACUGUUUAUUACAAUUGGUAAGGAUAAAAAAAUGUCAGUAAACUUUAUGGUGCAUGAUAAGUUUGAAGAGACAAAAUAUGAUAUAUUGGAGGCUGAUGAGCUCUGGAAACAGUUUUUACAUGUGAGAUUAAAUACCAUAAUACCGUUCUCAUGUGAAGCUACAAUAGCUGGAGUGAAGAAUGUUAUGCAGAAUAAAAGAAAAAAGAUAGCUUCAGGUCAAGUGUCAUUUCACAUAAAUAGUACAUCAGUGUAUUUAUUUGGGGUGGCAUCAGAUGUUGGUGUGACCGGUACGAGUACAGAUGCAAGUAUUGGUGAUCUUGUAGACUCCAUGAAUCCGGAACAAUCUCAAAAGAAGAAGAAAUACUACAACAGUAAUAUAGAAAUUCUACCUGUAAACCUAGUGCUAAAAGCAACUAAAGAUAUUUUAACUGAUAAGCACACAAAGACUGCUGUCAAAAUGAUGACAACACAAAGAAAACCUGCUUUUUGCAUAAGUAUGCCGUUGCAAAUAGACACAUUGGCAAUGAUUCACCGCACCACCAAAGUGUCUGAUCUGUACAAUGUACUGGUAGAGGCUUCAUGUCGCUCGCUCAGGUUGCUGGAGUCUGUACUACUUGAACAGUUAGGUCAGGAAGGAAUUGGUGACGGCGCAGGUCUGAGACUACCAGAGACAUUCCACUAUUUACCCAUAGAAUUAGGUCAUUUUGUCACAAGGAUAGUACCUAAGGGAAUCCCAGAUGAAAGCAUGGAAAAAGAGAGAAGAUUGUUACAUGAGCAGCUGGCAUUAUCUUUAGACAGGCCAGUGUUCCAAAAGGGGAACGCACAUAUAUUCAGCAGUGCUAAACUAAUAAAUCCCCAUGAAUCGCUGGCAAGUGCAACCAGACCGAAUGUAAGAGUCGCUCUUGUCAGAGGGAGAUACACCUACUACCAUUAUAUGCAAGACAACUUCAACGAUGACGGCUGGGGCUGUGCUUAUAGAUCUAUGCAAACUAUAUUUUCAUGGUUCAAACAUCAAGGGUAUACCGGGGUAGAAGUACCAACUCAUAAAGAAAUCCAACAAUGUCUUGUUAAGAUUGGUGACAAGCAAACAUCGUUUCUCGGUUCCAAACAAUGGAUAGGAUCAACUGAAGUGAUGUUCUGUCUGCAAACGUUACUAGGAGUUCAGUCCAGGAUUCUGUUCGCCAAUACUGGAGCAGAGCUGAAGAGUUACACACCUGAACUUCUUUAUCACUUCGAUAAACAUGGGAGUCCCAUUAUGAUAGGUGGAGGCGUGCUGGCUCAUACGAUUCUGGGCGUGGAACACAACGAGGAGACAGACGAGACCCGGUACUUGGUCCUAGACCCGCACUACACGGGCGUCGAUGACAUCAGCACUGUACUCAGCAAGGGCUGGUGCGGCUGGAAGGGCCCGGACUUUUGGAACAAGACUGCUCACUACAACCUCUGUCUGCCACAAACCAAGCCUGCCAUAUAAGCGUUCUUUAUUCCAUGAUCAAACAUUUUGAAAAUCGUUGGAUUGCUCUAACCAACCCACUAUCGGCUGCUAUAUAAGAAUCCAUGUUAUAGUUAUAAAUCUUAAUUUCCAAAUCCACAUUAUAAUGCAGAAAACACAUUAUAAAAAAUUGUUAACAAAAGGAAAUUAUUUAAAAAAAAACUUUUAUUUUGCUACGAAAUAAUAAAUCCAUAAGGUCCAAUAAAUAAUAAGUAAUAAUAUAGCUACUCGAUCAUUUAUGGGCUUUUUUUUGUUUACGGGAUGCAAGUUUAAAUGUGAAACUCAAGUCAUCAAGCAUUCCCAUUGUAUUUAUUUUAUGAAAAUAAUUGACGAGACUAGCAGGACGUUCUGCUGAUGGUAAUUGAUACGCCCUGCCCAUUACAAUGCAGUGCCGCUCAGGAUUAUUGAAAAUCCCUAAAUUCUGAGUGGCACUACAAUUACGCUCGUCACCUUGAGAUAUAAGAUGUAAAGUCUCAUUGGCCCAGUAAUUUCACUAGCUACGGCGCCCUUCAGACCGAAACACAGUAAUGUUUACACAUAACUGCUUCACAGCAGAAAUAGGCGCCGUUGAGGUACCAUCUUGAAAAUAAAUCACUAAGUUAUGGUAGUGAAUUAUCAUUAAAAAGAUAUCCGAUAUAGUCGUUUGUUAUACCUAAUGUAGGAUUAAAAAUCAAAAUAAAUGUUUUAACAUUACUUGAAAAUAGUGAUCGAAGGUUCUAUAGGCUCUUAUUAAGUAUCAUCGAAAAAAGGCUAUAUAGGAGUGAAGUGCCAAUAAAAUAAUUUGAUUUGUCAGUCCAUACACUUUUAUCUGAUUAUGAAUCAGAUUUAGUAUAUUUUCACAUUUAUUUUGAGGGAAACCUCAAAAUUUAGUUAUUUAACUGGUGUGACAAGAGAGUAUUAGUGGUGAUUUUAACUUACCCGGCCAUCCAUUACAGAAAAAAAAUGUACUUUAUUAUUUUAUAAGAAACAUCUUUGAAUAUUCCGAAGAUUUAAUAUCUAUUAAUACUUUACAAUGUAUGACAGAUAUUUAUAAAAAGAAAUAAUAAUAAUAUAUCUCCUAACAUAAUAAUGUAUAAUUUCAAUUAGAUUACAAGGUUGUGGUACUUAUAUUAUAAUUUGAGGGUACUUCUAUAUGAUAGGUUUUUAUUCGCUUGACUGGAAACUUAUUUUAACUAGGAACAAAACAUAUGUUUAAGAUUUAAUGAAUUCUAACUAAUUAAAUCGUAAUUUAGUUCCUUGUAGAUACUAUACUUACUUUGUCGUAUUUAUUAUCAUAAUUAUCACAGUAAUUAAAAUUUAUUUUUGGUUUGUUAAGUCUCCACAAUUUCACAGGUUGUCGUUAAUUAGUUAAAUAUCAAAUCAAUCAAAACAUCAAUCAUAUACUCCCCUACACAUAAUAUUCUUAAUUAAAAAAAUGAGUAGGUAUGAUUGCGCAGAUGUAAAACAAUAAGGUUCCACCGGCAGAGGACGCGAAAGGUUGAAGGCAGCAUCCAUAGAUAGCCCGCCUCCGUCGUUCAAUACAUUAUGAACAAAGAGGAUGUAAAUACUACGUAAUAAGAGGUGGGACUGCUUAAGUAAAAAUUGAUAUUUAGUUUAGUAUGAAACGUGCAGUGAUUUGACCUAAGUUUGAAAUAGUAGUAAUAAGAGUAUCGCGAUAUGCCACGAAAUAUAAUCCGGCUAAGUUUGAAGGCGAACAGUUGCUUAAAACAUAGUGGAUUUCGGCUAUCUCCGAUUUACAAGAUUAUAGCAGUCAUCUGUCAAUCUAUCAAUGACUGCACGUUUCAUACAAUCGAGUGAAUCGCUUUUUUCUUACAUAGUUUCGCUAUCAACUACAGAGUAGUUUCGGUCACGGGUAUGGCGUAACAGACCAAGUGAGUUUAUCUAUGCAUGUUUUGUUAACGUGAGCGUCGUAACUAUAAUUGGACCGUUACACUUACAUUAGUUUAAAAUUUUCCGAAAGCAUUAUAUGUUUACUAUAAUAACAGUAGCUUAUGAUACAUCUCCUUGUCGGAAUUGGUCCAGAAGUUUCAGAGAUUAGUCAUUAGCCGAAACAGACUCGGAGAUUAAAGCAGCUUUUAAAAAUUUUGAUAACACAACAUAAUUUUUUGUAUGAAUGUUAAUUAUAUGUUGAUGUUAAUUCACAAUUUCAUCGUCUUGGACGCUUUCUCUUCUCUAUUCAUUUUAUUGUAUUAUGUGACGGUAUACCGGGAAAUGUAAGUUUAAUGGAGUUGUUAUAUUUUGUAAUAAAUAAAAUAUUAUUAUUUGAA